AUGAACUCAAAGCUCCGGCAUCUGUGGAACCACCCGGCGGGGCCGAAGACGAUCCAUUUCUGGGCGCCGACGUUCAAGUGGGGGCUGAGCAUCGCCAACGCCUCCGACUUCUCGAAGCCCCCGGAGACGCUCUCGUACCCGCAGCAGACGGUGAUCGCCAUCUCGGGCGUCAUCUGGUCGCGCUAUUGCUUCGUCAUCAAGCCAUGGAAUCUCAACCUCUUCGGCGUCAACUCCGCCAUGGCUUGCACCGGUCUCUAUCAGCUCUCCCACAAGCUCCGCCACGACUACUCCGCCGUGGACCAAUGA